UUGACAGAGAGAUGUGUAACCACUGUAGCUAGUUGAACCCCCGUUAACUUUCCAUCGUUUGAACCGCGGGACGGUCAGGGAGUACCGUCAGCUAGACCACCUAUAGCUAACAUGGAGCCGAAAAUGCACUCUGCGCGGAAACGUCGAGGCAACGCUUUACACAGGACAAAACAAAAUAGCACUCCCAGUAGUUCAAAGGAAAAUGUGCCACAGAAGAAAAGACAGCACUUCCACUUAGACCUCUGGUUCUGGCUUACCCUGCAGAAUUGGAUACUGGACUUUGGAAGGCCUAUUGUCAUGAUCAUCCUUCCUCUUGAAUGGUUUCCCCUGAACAAGCCCAGUGCUGGAGACUACUUCCACAUGGCCUACAAUCUCAUAACACCAUUCCUAAUGCUCAAGCUGAUUGAGCGCAGUCCCAGGGCGCUACCUCGGUCAGUAGUCUACCUCUGCGUCAUCACAUUUGUCAUGGGAGCCAGCAUCCACCUUGUGGGAGACUCCAUCAACCACCGGCUCAUCCUGAGCGGCUACCAGCUGCACCUGUCAGUCAGGGAGAACCCCAUCAUCAAAGACCUGAAACCUGCUUCGCUGAUUGACUCUUUUGAGCUGCUGUAUUAUUAUGAUGAACAGCUGGGACACCUGAUGUGGUAUAUUCCUUUCUUCAUUAUUCUAUUCAUCUACUUCACCGGCUGCUUCACAGAUGCAGAAGAGCAGAAAAAGAUUCCCGUCUCUGGUUGGCUGUUGCUGGGACCCAGCGCUCUCUACUAUUGGUACUUGGUCACUGAAGGACAAAUCACCGAACUUUUCCUCCUCACCUUCCUCGCCAUGGUUGCCAUGAUGAUAUAUCAACAGCGUAAAGACCUCAGCCCAGACAGCAAUGGCCUGUUCCUGUUCUAUAGUUUCAGUGUUACUGUGCUGCUGGUGGCACUGUGGGUGGUCUAUCUGUGGAAUGACCCGGUGCUGCGCAGCAAGUACCCUGGACUCAUUUAUGUGCCAGAACCCUGGUCCUACUACACCUUACACAUCAAGAAUAACCACUGACGGACACCUGUCCAGCCAGAUUUCCUGUGACAGACUGGCUGCACUCGGACAACAAUGAGGACGGAUGAAGAUUGUUGAUGUGCGACAGCCUUUCACCUUUCAGAUCUUAUGACAUGAUAUCUGAGACUGAUACAUGUCAUAAAGUGCUAUGGGCCAAGACUACCCAUUGCGUGCAUGUCACAUACGGGAGGUUAUCAGGAAUAACUGAGGCUUCGCACUGCUCAUAUAUGACACUUACGCUUUAAUGAAUCUCGGGGGGAAAAAAUCAAUUUAAUGUUUAAGAUUUUCAGAAUUUUGAUCCCAUUUUCCUUUCAAAAUCCCUGAUGUUAGCUAUCUGAGAGGAAUAUAUCAGCAAUCAUGUUUUGUAAUCAUUACCUACGUUGGUGUAAUUAGCAAUAAUGAGAAUGUGUUCGUAUUUUUAUUUUUAUUUUUAAUUGAAGGUGUAAAACUAGGGUGGGGAUUAACACGCUAAAGGCAAAAGGGAGCUAUUACAGUUCACGAUGAAACAAACCAUUUCAGACUAAACAAACCUCCACCAUUUUAUUUUUUGUUUCAGAACACACUCCGCAUUUUGAUCUAAUCUUCUUAAACUCUUUAAAAACACAUUGUGCCGAGUGAUCCUGCAAAAUCUGAUGGCAUUACACCUUCAUGUGUGUCAUAUUCUGUGUGUGCAGGCCCCGCAUAGCGCUUUUUGUUGGGGUUGUGUGUCACAUGUCCCCAGUUGCACUUUCCCAUACAUACUAUAUAUUUAAACUAUGAAGUAUACAGUAGGCACUAUUGUUGACACUAUUUUAGCAGUAAGCAACAAAAGAUUUUCCUGUACCAUUUUGUACUGUGUGGGAAUCAUAUAAGAUGUGCUGGCAGUUUUGUCAUCAUUACGUACUUGUGUUUUUAUCAGCCCUAAUUAGCCUUAAUGGCAAUGUGUUAGUUUAUUUAAUUGAAGGUGUAAAACCAGGGCAGGGAUUAACACGCUGGCGGCAAAAGUGAGCUCAAGAUUGGGUUAAAAUGGAGGAGGAGCCACCUUAGGGCCCCAUACAACCUGAAGCCAGCUUUGCAACUUUGGUGAUCCAGUUUUGUAGAAACACAGAGCAGCAUUAGACAUUCUCACCAUUUGACAAUAAAUAGAGUAGUACAACUGCCUCUUAACCAAAAAAAAUUCUUACCCUGCUUAACCUCAUCAAAGAAUCCAGGCAGUCGACUACCGAAGGCUUUGAGGUUGAUCUUUCACAAACUGUGAGAAAAAAGUGUCAGGAUGUUCAGUAAAUUAACUGCUUCUCCUCCUGGGCCUCCAAGAAAGAAAAGAAGAACAAGAAGGCAGUCAUUCCAACUGAUUAACCAAACACACUGGUUAAAAAAAAAUAUUUUAAGUUACAUAGCACUUGUCAGGGAGAUAAACAAACUUAAUAAGAAGAUAUAGAUAGAGGGUAACAUUUGAAGAAAAACAGCUUGAAAGAACAAUUUAGAUACAAAAAACUAAAAAUCAGUUUGAGUCCUGCAGAAAAGAUAUAACAGCCAUAUAUAAUAAUACAAAGCCAAAAGAUAAAAGGAAAAAAACAAGAUAAAAGAUAAUGUAAAAAUAGUAACAAAGUCUGAUGGUAACAUGACCGAGCAGUAUUACAUAAAAAGCAGGUUCUGUUGGUUAUUCAGAAAGGCAAGUCUAUAAAAAAUGUGUUUUCAAGCAGGAUUUAAAAACAAAAAUUUAAAUGGAGGACUGUUUUAAAGCUAUAAUGUACCAAAAAAAAAUCUCAGGUAUUUAAGGUUUCACGCUUUGUCAGAUUUUGGUGAAAUGUAUAUUGUCAUUGAUUUAGACAUGAGGGCUCUCAACUGUUGUUUCCAGAUGCGGUCAUUGUAUUAUUAAAUAGAGAGUUGACAUUUACUUGAAUUAUAUCAAAGCCCUGUUGCCAACACACAGUCAUUGUUCUUUACUGCAUUAUAUGUGUAAGGGAUGUACAAUAUAACAGUGUUGAAAAGAAAUGAAAAGAUGAAAUGAAAAGAAAUCUAUUGUACAGAAGCUUUAACAUUAUUCAGAAAGUCAAGGACACCUGAAGAUCAGAUGAAUUUUAACAUACAAAUGAAAACUUUUUUUUAUAAAACAGAAUUUAACUGAUACACAGUUAAUUUGCUAUGUUUUUUAAAUGUUGAACACCUUUGCCUUUAGAGUUAAUUGUUCUUAAGGUAAAAAUUGCCAUUGUUAAUUUUUGUAUAGCAUCGUUCCUUUGCUUAAGAUCACUUUGUUGCUUGGAAAAUACUCUGUAGUUACGGUUUGGUUACCGUCUCCUCACUGGUUAGAUUUUACGUCUGUUUAUCUUAAUCAAAAUGUUAAGUUGAUGUUCUACUUGCUGGUUAUUUGACCCUGAAUGUGCUUUAAAUCAACUGUCCUUACACAUAUAGUUAAAGUGAUUCCAAACCCUGCCAUUUAUGUGAUUACAAGCUACUUCCUUUUAUUAUAUGACACUGUAGUAUCAUAGGGUGAGUGAUUAAGAAUUCGUCCCUUCGUUUUAUUGGAGGAGUUGAAAGGGAAAGGACAAUGCAGCACUGUGGAUCUGGUAUCUGCGUUUCCACAGCAACACAUAUUAAGUUACGUAGAGGCUUUCAGGUGGUGGACUUUAAACAGGGGUGGAGGGACAGGUGACGCAGGCCACAGGCAACUCUCUCCUUCCUGGAAAGAAACAAAGGAACUGCAAAAAUGGUAAGCGCAAGAAAUGAUUUCCAUUAAGAAGCUUUAGUCUCGUAUUUUCUUAUGUAAUAUCAAUUCUUUUGUACUUACCUGCCAAGUGAUGCCAUACAUUUGUCACGUUCCAGGCCAAAUUUUUCACACCAGUUCAAAUCAAUGGUAAGAGUAUUCCACAGCACCACAUGUUGUUUUCCAUCCAGUGUUUAUUGAUGCUUGAAAUGUACUAUUUGCUAAUCUGUCUUUUUCAA